CCCAAGGAGAUCCUUGUGGCGUUUUGGGGGAGUCAUUCUGGAGAUUGGGAGAACAGCUGUAUUUUACCCUGGAGUUUGCCUGCCCUGCCUGUGCCUCAGUUUCCCCACUCAUCCUGACACAUCUGUGUUUCCCCUGCGGUGCAAAGACCCACGACCUUGCCCUGCCCGCCCCCCAGCAUUCUGCCCUGAAAUCCCCGGAGCACCUGAGCCCUAUCUCAGCACCCACAUUCACUCUUCCAGAUGUUCCUCCGCAGGCAGAGAUAGCGCCGUGGUUUCGUCACCGCGCUGGGGGGCUGACCCCAUCUCCUCCCCCGCACUCCAGAGCCCAAACAAACAACCCGACCCACAGGCUGAGCCGGACGGGCCGUGUGGGAUCUGCCAUGGACACCCCCAGACAGGCUCUGUCCCCCGGGGCUGGCAGCGGGGGGACGGGCAGCGGGGGCCCCCGGCGCUGUCCGUUCCGGAGGCGUGGCGCUUCCAGUGGGAUCCCGCGGGAAGGGGGGGACAGCAGCCUGCACCGGCUCCUCAAGGCCUUCGUCUCGGCAGGCAGGGUGGACCACGUCGCCAUGGUCAUGGGGCUGCACCCACAGUACCUCAGCAGCUUCUGGAAGACCCAGUGCCUCCUGCUGCACAUGGACGGGCCCCUGCCCUACCACAGGCGCCACUACAUCGCCAUCAUGGCAGCAGCCCGGCACCGCUGCUCCUACCUGGUGGGAUUGCACAUGGGGGAGUUCCUGCAGGUGGGGGGCAACCCUGCGUGGCUGCGGGGGCUGCACUGUGCCCCCCAAAAACUCCGGAACCUCAAUGAGAUCAACAAGCUGCUGGCGCACCGGCCCUGGCUCGUCACCAAGGAGCACAUCGAGGCUCUGCUGAAGCCAGGGGAGGACAGCUGGUCGCUGGCAGAGCUGGUGCAGGCACUGGUGCUCCUCACCCACUACCACUCGCUCGCAUCCUUUGUCUUCGGCUGCGGCAUCAAACCCGAGGAGGAGCAGGACGUGGGGAACAGCUGCUGGGCCCCCUCACCCCACAGUGACAGCAGCCCUGCCUCUGAUGACAGCAUGGGGGGCUCUGGGGGCACAGAUGCCAUGCAGGAGGUGGAGAUGCUGAUGGAGAGGAUGAAGCUGCUGCAGGAAAACCAGCUGGAGGAGGAAGGAGUCACACAGGAGGAGAUGGCGACACGCUUCGAGCUGGAGAAGACAGAGAGUUUGCUGGUCCCUUCCUCAGAUAUUUUGGAUCCCUCCCUGCAGUCCCACAUCCGCUGCUUCCUGGAGGACCCUGAAUUCGGAUACAAGGACUUCACACGGAGGGGGGAGCAUGCCCCCCCCACCUUCCGUGCACAGGACAGAGGGAUCCCAGUUUUCCCCACCAAACCUCUGGCAUCCUUUGUCCACCAGGAUUACACCUGGGAGGACCAUGGCUACUCGCUGAUGAACCGCCUGUACCCCGACGUGGGGCAGCUCCUGGAUGAGAAGUUCCAGGUGGUUUACAACCUCACCUACAACACCAUUGCCACGCACUGCGGCGUGGACACCUCCGUGCUGCGCCGGGCCAUCUGGAACUACGUCCACUGCGUCUUCGGCAUCCGCUAUGAUGAUUACGACUAUGGGGAGGUGAACCAGCUCCUGGAGCGCAACUUAAAGAUCUACAUCAAGACAGUGGCUUGCUACCCAGAGAAGACGACCAAGCAGAUCUACACACAGUUCUGGAGGCACUUCAAACACUCAGAGAAGGUGCACGUCAACCUGCUCCUGCUGGAGGCACGGAUGCAGGCAGCUCUGCUCUACGCCCUCAGGGCUGUCACCUGCUACAUGACCUGAGCUGCCUCUGCUCCCUCCUCCUCCUCCUCCUCCUCCUCCUCCUCCUCCUCCUCCUCCUCCUCCUCCUGCCCUGGCUGUGUAGAAAGGCUGGGGGGCAGCUGGUACUCUGAAAAUCCGUCGGGAGCGUUGUCUCCCUGCUUGAUGAGCUGUGGAAGUAAAGUGGGAGCUUCCCUGUGCUUUCUCCCAGGAAAGGGGAGCCCCCAAGAAACUGUCAGUGCUGGGGGGACCCUGCAGUGCUGCCCUGGGCUUGGCAGGGCUGCAAGUGCUCUACUGCUCUGUGCCUCUUUGGGGUUAGCCCCGUGAAGCCAGACUGGGAUGUCUGUGGGUGCAGUGCUGGUGUCACACCCCUGUGACAUGUCCUGCACCAAAGCUGCCACUGAAGAGCACUAUCCCCCUGCCAGAGAUGGCCAGAGGUUAUCUUGGGCUUCAUUCCUGCUUUUUGGGUCCUGCUGGGCUGGGAGACAGCUGCUGGUGGGGGUGCUGCCCAGGCACCCCCUCCCCGCCUUUCUGCCUCAUCCCCUGCAGUUUGGGAUGCAAAGUGCCUUUAACCCAAAUGCCAGGGCAGGAGCAGGGAAAGGGUAGGAAUACCUGAGUGUGUUUUAUACCUUUUUGCAUUGUUUUCCAACCACUGGCACAUCUCCACUCUCUCAGCUUUAGGGGCUGAGGUGGGGAGCUGUGCUGGGGCAUGAGGCUCCCUCAGCCCCUCUCCUGCUGUGAGGGUGGCAGGGUGGGAUGGGGUGACCAUGGCUUUAUCUGGGUAUACCAGAGCAUUCCCAGCAGCACAGGUCACCAUGGAGGUGCCUGCUGGGGAGCAGGAUCCCAGGCCAGCAGCAUCACCACCCUUGGUUUGGCUGUUGAAUCAUAGCUCCAGUUAAGUUAUUUCUAUAAUUUUUGGGGUAUAUUAACUCUUGACUAGGCAUGGAAAUGCCUCUGUAACUUUGCUAUUAAUCUUGUUUGAAAAAAUAAAAUAGUUCUUUUUUCA